AUGUUCACUGAUGAUUACAACAGAAAAACAUGGGUUUAUUUCUUACAUGAGAAAUCAGAAGCCUUAAAUGCAUUCAAACACUUUAAGGUGGUUGCAGAGAAUGAGAUAGAGAAAACGAUCAAGGUUCUUCGAACUGAUCGUGGUGGAGAAUACAAUUCAAAAGCCUUUGAAAAUUUUUGGGCUAUACAUAGCAUUCGCCAACAGCUUACGGCAACUUAUGGACCACAACAGAAUGAUUUGACACCUGAAGAGGCAUGGAGCGGCCAUAAACCAGCAGUUGGUUACUUCAAAGUUUUUGGCUGCAUUGCAUAUGCACGUAUUCUAGAUCAGAAAAGGAAGAAGCUUGAUGACAAAGCUGAGAUGUUGUAUUUAAUGAAGAGAAGACAUGGAAUUAGAGUGAUGAUGUUUCUCAACAGCAGCAGAAGAUUCCAGUCAAUUUUGAUGACAACAUGGAACAACAACAACUGGAACAGUAGCAGCCACAACAAUUCUGAAUGGGUGUUUGAUUCCGUUAGUGGAACUAAAGGAAGUGAUGAUGAUCCACUUAAUAAUACUUGGGAGUUGACAGAGCUUCCACAAUGGCAUAAGAUAAUUGGUGUCAAACGGGUCUUUAAGACAAAGCUGAAUAAGAAGGGUGAGAGUCAUAAGCACAAAGCACGCUUGGUGGCGAAAGGUUACAAGCAAGAGUACAACGUUGAUUACACAGAAUUGCUUGCGCCAGUCGCAAGGCAUGACACAAUCUGA